CACUGAUGAGUGUAUUGUCAGUAAGAUGGCGGAUCAUUGGUAGACAGUCGCUGUCUGUGUCCGUGUGAGGGAGGAAGCAGCACUGUUAACGACGACUCGCGGAGUGAACUGCUAUCUCUCGCUCAGUAAUGGUGUUUAGUUAGCGGGUCCCGAAGUCACUGCUGGAUUUUUCAAAUUUAAAAAGAACUAUCUUCCACCAAUCAUGAAAUUUGCCGAACAUUUAUCAGCGCACAUCACGCCGGAAUGGCGCAAACAGUACAUCCAGUAUGAGGCAUUCAAAGAGAUGCUAUAUGCAGCCCAAGACCAAGCACCAUCUUUAGAAGUUACAGAUGAAGAUACCGUUAAAAGAUAUUAUGCCAGGUUUGAAGAGAAAUUCUUCCAGUUCUGUGAAAAGGAACUUGCCAAAAUCAAUACAUUCUAUUCAGAAAAACUUGCCGAAGCUCAGCGCAGAUUUGCUACACUCCAGAAUGAGCUGCAAUCAACACUUGAAGUGCAGGUGGACCGCAAUGCAUUCUCUAACUUGCGGCAGCGGAGGAUUGUGUUCCCUCUCUCCCAUAAGGAACGUGUGCAUCAUAGGAACAUUCGUGACCUGAAGUUAGCCUUCAGUGAGUUCUACCUCAGCCUGAUCCUACUCCAAAAUUACCAGAAUCUGAAUUUCACUGGUUUCCGAAAGAUUCUGAAGAAGCAUGACAAGAUGCUGGAGACAAGUCGUGGAGCUGACUGGCGAGUAGUGCAUGUAGAGGUGGCUCCAUUCUACACCUGCAAGAAAAUCACUCAGCUCAUCAGUGAAACAGAGGCCCUUGUUACUGCAGAGUUGGAGGGAGGUGACAGGCAGAAAGCCAUGAAGAGAUUACGAGUGCCGCCCCUGGGAGCUGCUCAGUCAGCCCCUGCCUGGACCAUAUUCAGGGUGGGAAUGUACUUUGGAAUAUUUGUUGUACUCCUUGCUGCGCUGGUUAUCAUAGCUAAAUCAAAAGAGGGAAACAUUUGGCCCUUGGUGCGUAUUUACCGUGGUGGUUUCCUUUUGAUCGAGUUUCUCUUUCUUCUUGGCAUCAACACAUAUGGCUGGCGACAAGCUGGUGUGAAUCACGUGCUGAUCUUUGAACUCAAUCCCAGAAGCAAUCUCUCUCACCAGCAUCUCUUUGAGAUUGCUGGAUUCCUUGGAGUUCUUUGGGGCUUGAGUUUAUUCAUCAGUUUGAAUGGGCCAUACAGUUUAAUUCCAAUGCCAUUCAAUCCUCUUGUACUGUAUGGAUUCAUGUUCCUGUUUCUGAUCAAUCCUACAAAAACCUGCUACUACAAAUCCAGGUUCUGGCUCUUAAAGCUCUUGUUCAGAGUCUUCACAGCACCAUUCCACAAAGUAGAGUUUGCAGAUUUCUGGCUGGCUGACCAGUUGAAUAGCCUGGCAACAAUCCUGAUGGAUCUGGAGUAUAUGAUCUGCUUUUAUAGCUUUGAACUGGACUGGAGCACAGAAGAAGCCCUUAUUAAAUCUCAAGGUGAUUAUACAUGCAACAGCUACUCCUAUGGAGUAAGAGCUAUCAUCCAGUGUCUGCCUGCAUGGGUGCGUUUCACCCAGUGCCUUCGCCGCUACCGUGACACCAAGCGAGCAUUCCCUCAUCUAGUCAAUGCCGGAAAGUAUUCUACCACAUUCUUUGUAGUGACUUUUGCUGCUCUGUACAGUACACACAAAGAACAGAAGCAUGAUGAUGCAGUGGUGUUUUUCUACCUGUGGAUCACCUUUUUAUUGAUCAGCUCCUGUUAUACUCUUACCUGGGACCUGAAGAUGGACUGGGGUCUCUUUGACAAAAAUGCUGGUGAAAACACGUUCUUGCGUGAGGAGAUUGUCUAUCCACAAAAAAUUUAUUACUACUGUGCCAUAGUGGAGGAUGUCAUCCUACGAUUUGCGUGGACAGUGCAGAUUUCAGUCACCUCAAUGAGUGCUUUUGCUUCAGUGGGUGACAUAAUUGCCACAGUGUUGGCUCCACUGGAGGUUUUCCGCCGGUUUGUGUGGAAUUUCUUCCGUCUGGAAAAUGAACAUCUUAACAACUGUGGUGAAUUUCGUGCCGUGCGUGAUAUCUCAGUGGCACCUCUUAACGCUGAUGACCAGACUCUUUUGGAGCAGAUGAUGGACCUUGAGGAUGGAGUGCGGAAUCGUCAAAAAACCAAAUUGUGGAAGCGUACUUACAGCAUCUCUCUGCGUAAAUCACUAGUGAAACCCCGUGAUGCAGCCGUGUUAAUUGAAGACACAGAUGAUGAAGCAUACACAUGAAAAUCAGCAGUGAGCGUGCACCGUCCUUCACACGUUCCAGUUCUACCGGGCACUGAACACAAUCUGCCAGCACAUGUGGCAACAGACUCAAUUCCAUUUUUCUUCCUUUGUUUUAAUAUAUUUAAACCGACUCAAGAAGGUUGUAAAGAACAAUUUUACAACAGACAGAACAUAUCCACAUGGAUCAAAUCAAAUGGAAAAGACUCAGAGCUGAAAAGUACCAAUUUUUUUUUUUUGUUUUUUCUUGUAUUAUUUUCUCUCUCUCAGGCUCCAUAUAGCUAGGGCUGGUUUUAGCUGGGUUCUUCAAAUCUUUCUAACCAGCUCAUGGCCCUGGUUGCACUUGCAGGGAAAGUGCAAUUAAUUGUACUUCCUACGUGAAGUUAUGGUGUUUAAAAAUAAUUUUGAUAUGCAUUUGUUCUGUUCCUAUCAGAAAUGUUCAUAUUAUUUAUGAGAGAAAUUUCUGCCCUGUACGUUGAUGCAGAAUUUAGUCUCAAUGUUCGUUGAACUUUUUUUUGUGUUUCGGUUAGUGAUCAGAUUUCCUGUUGCAAGGAAGCAAAACAUCUUUAUUAAGAGCUCUUCAAAGUUUUCUAGGCGGCAGAUCCCACAGAGCUAUCAAAUGCAGAGUCCUGCAUCCAACACAGAUCACCAGGCUACAUUCCAAAUGCUGCAAGAUAUCCACAACAGGCUGGCAAAAAUAACUUCACAGAUGCCACAAAAUGUGCUUGCGUUAUUUAUAAGUCAUAUCUAAAGCCAGUGACAACAGGAGAUUUUAAAGGAAAUUAUUCAUUUCAGAAUUUUCUAUCAAUCAAGCUUACAUAUCCCAAGAAACAUUUGCUUUAAAUUUUCACAAGUUCAGCACUAGUAAUAUUUUUGUUUUUACCAAAGGUUGAAUAUCAAGUAAUGGUUUCUCUCAGUGCAUGGAUGUAAUCCAUCAUUGAUAGGAUUUGGAUAUUUUUUUUCAAUUGCUUGUGCCACUCCUAAAAGCUGCUAUUAACCCAGCCUCUUUGUAGCAAUGGGAAUGUUGACUUGGAUGAGGAACAUUUCCCUGGAACGGUCAGUGCUGUCUUUCAUAAAGCUGUCCUUCGUCUCCAUACUACAGAACUUCACAUCAAAUUACUCCAGUAACAUAGGCUGACGACAAUGUAAGUGAUUACACAUCCCCAUAGUUGUAUACUUCAGUGGAGCCACCUUAAGAUCUAGUUCAGUUGGCCAGUGCUAGAGAUUUUAAUGUGGUGUUUUAUUUUAAAGGGAUAGUUGUCCUAUUUAUAACGUGUGCCAAACAUUGCUGUAUAUUUCAGGUUUAGAAUUCAUUAAUAAUGUGUGCCACAGCAAAAGUUCACAAUGAAGAGGUUGUGUAGUGCUCAAUGAUGGUUCAUGUCAUGUUCUAAAUUCAUUCCAUCUACUUGAUUUUAACAGAGGUUUCUGUUUUUAAUAUAGUUGACUUAGCUGAAUUGGGAUAUUCAGAAAUUACCAUGUAAAAAUAACUUUCUUCUGACAUAGUCUUAAGUGGGCUCCAUUAUAACAAAGGACAAGAUCAUUGGCAUGCAAGGAGAUCAAGGUAAGAGUGUGCCUGAUCUUGGACCUCCAUCAGGUUUUGCUCUGUGUCAGAGCACUCAACAUGUUUGCUGAUCCAGCCGGGUUAAGGAGUGAUUUACAGUAUGCUGAAAAUGCAAGCUGUUGUUGUGGAAUGGAGGAAGCUACUAAUGCAAAGGGAGCACUGGGUUUGGCUCGCUUGGACACAGGACUGCCUUCCAAAACAGCAUAGCCUAGCACAUACACUUGGAGCUGGAAGUUGAAGCAUUUUAUUAAUGAAUUAUUCAUAGACAGAAUAAUGGCAAAAUAAAAAUUUUCCAAAUUUCAUUCUCCAGCACAUGUCACAACAUUCACCCAUAUUUCAUUUUGCAAAAGUAGCUAACUUUUGUACAGAAUUUCACAUUCCUAUUGCCUUCUUUUAAUAAAGUGUAUGGAAAAUUCAAUUACAUUUUGGCACCUACAAAGGAAUAAGAGAGUAAAUAGGCCCAAUGUACACCUUAGAGUUUGAUGCCUUGGAAAAUGAGUUUAAAGCAGUUUUACAGUACAAGCCUAGGCAACCUCUUUUGCUCCUUUCAUGUUACUGGAGCCCUUCCAAUGCAAGCUUAUUCUUAAUGGAGUUGGUCCCCAUUGUGGCUGCAUCUAUUUGAACACAAGGCAGAGUUAGGUAGUGAUCACAUUAGACAUGUUCCCUCAUUGGUGAGCCAAGUUUUCUAUUGUUUAACAACACGGAGUUUAGAUUGGGAUGGGAAUCUAAGUUUUAAUUAAAAAUGGAGAGUACAGAGAUAUAAAGGAGCUUUAUUUUCCUGCCUAUAAUGUGCGAAAAUACACGGGGAAAUGAGUUGCCCAUGGUGGUGUGCUGAGUAAUUGGUAUUAGAACCACAUUGCACUUCCAACUUGAGUGUGAAUGAAGCAAGUACCAAGAAUCAGUUCAGUGUUACUAUUAGCACUGAAUAUCCAUUAUUUGAUAUAAUAACAGUAAAUACCCAGCAGGUCAGGCAGCAUCUGUAGAAAGAGAAAGAGUUAACCUUCAGGCCUUUGUCCUUCCCACUAAUGCUACCUGACCUGCUGAGUGUUUCCUGCUUUUUCUAUUUUCAUUUCAGAUUUCUGGCAUCCACUGUUUUAUUGAUACUUGUCCAUUAUCUGUCCUUGUUUGAAAGCAACUUGGUUCAAACCAUUUUCACAAUCUGGUUAUGAAUGUCAAGUCAUCCCAGAAUCCCAUAUUUCUUUUUCUUUCAUAAUUCUUUAUCAUUGUGAUUUUGCUAAAUAUAAUUGUAAUGCAGAAUGAAUAACUGACUCAAAAGUGACAAAACAUUGGUUAUAUUUUAUUCUGAAUUUGAUUUUCAAAGAUCCAUCUUCCUCCUCUUCCCAACUCUGGCAGAAAAAAAAUCAAACCUUGUGGACCAGAUGAAAAGGCAAAUCCUGCAUAUAGCAUUAGUGGACCAUUAUAAAUCAGACACAACCUGUACUAGUAUUGCACUAAUACUGAUUUUUGAGUGAGCAUGAACAUUUAUUUUGCUAAUUAUUCACAGGGAUGGGAAAGCUGUAUGCGAAAGAGGUUUGGAGAUCCAAAACAUCUUUCUGACAAUUACCUAAACAGGGUGACUGGAUUUUUGGAAGCUUUCAAUAAGAUUCUCCUUCAAGCAAAUCUCUAAUUUCAUUGUAGGCAAAGGCACAUUUAUACAGUGACUGCAUCUGUUUGAACUAGACCUGUGCCUUAUGUAGAAAAAAGCUAGGAAAGACAAAAAGUAUCAUUAUGAAUCAAAAUACAGAAUCAAAUACAAUAAUAUUAAUAUUACUGUAGUUUUGGCACUGCAGAUAUAAGGAACUCUCUAACCAGAGACUGAUCUGCUCUGAAGAGUACACUACUUUGGGUUUUCAUAUUGUCUUGAUGCACCAGCAAUGAUAAGUUUAUGAAAGUUGUGCUAAAUUUCAUAGAUAUUCAAUGGUUCCUUUGACUUGCAGUGUUUUUGACAGCCUGCAUUUCUUUGGUUAGGGAACAGAUCAUUGUUCUUGAGUCCAUGACUCCCAGUCAUCACAGUUAGUGUAUUCCCAACCAGCCAGAAAAGAAUAGUCUGGAAAUGGUGAAGGCAAUUGGGGGUAAAAGCUGCCUCAGCACAUUUAUCUGAUUUCUGGAAGGUUUAAAACAUGUUAUUUUUCCUGUGUUCUGUCCACAAUUUCUUGGUUCUUCCUACUAAUGACAAUGUGAAAGUAACCAGAUGCCUUCACUACUGAACAAUGGGGCUCUUCAAGUAAAAACCUAAAGUUGCCUUAACGAACAUGAUUCUAGUGUACCUUGCUGCUCCUUAGACAUCACUGGAGCAGGGGUUAACUUCCUUCCACACAGCUCUCUGCAUUCUGAGCUGAUUGAAUCCUGUGUAUGGAUCUGUGAGCUCUGCCCUGGGGUCAGGAUGUUUGAUGGAGCAGACAGAUGGGUUGUUUGUGAGAGAGUGCAUACCACAUGCUGUUGUUAUAGUAUCUUGAAAGUCCAUAUACCUGCUUGGGUGCUGCAGUUCCCUUUUUAGGAGUCACAUAUGAAGGAUUCCCAUGAAUUAGUGAUGAUGUUAUAAACUUUGAGAACACCCAUGAAGUUUCUGCAAACCUCUUCCCACAAACAGCACCAAGCAUUCUGUUUGUUUCAGCAAUCUGAUGUCAGGCACAUGGACAAUGUAGCCCAUCCAUUUGAGGAGUUGAUCUGAGCUUUAAUGCUGAUGUAGGUCCUUUCAACUGAAACAUCACAAAGUGUGCAAUGGAUGACUGGCUUGACCUAUCUCAGAGUGCACAGCCACUUGCAACAAGGCUGUCCCAACCAUCCCAUUCAGGAACUCGUGAUGCUUGGGAAUGCAAUGUGCACUUUCAAGAUAGGAGUCCAUCAACAGUGGAUGAUUACAGAAAAUGAAAUGAGUUGCAGAAGUAUAUAGACCACGGUUGGGAUUUUUCAACAUCCCAACAGUCCAAUAGCACAUCACUUUGGGAAGAAGGUCAAUGUCAUACAUUAAAUUUGAUGCUAUUCCAUUACAAUAAAUUUAGUGAGCACUCACACUGUAUUAACAAGAUAUUAACUUCUUCAAACACGUGACCCAAAAUAUAACUCCACAAAAUAAUAAUCAUUUUUAGUUAUUGUUUCAUUUUAAUAGAUAAUUAAAUAGAAGGCAGUCAUUAUUAAUUUGAGAAAGCAGAAUAAACUGAGUUGUGGUUUCUUUGCCCCCUGUUGGAGGUUGCAUUCUGUUCCCAAAGAUAAGUUUUUUGUCAGUAUCUAUCUGGUACGACAUUAUGCUGUGUGUAUUUUUGCACUUCAAAAUGACACUGCUGGCUCCAACAAUAGCAUGGCACCAAACACUCAAAAAUCAAUGGUAGUCUCAACUCCCUGCACAGUUAGCUGAUCCUGUCACCCAAUGUCAAAUUAACCGAUGUCUUGGGGAAUAGUUAUCAUAGUUGUAAACAGAAGGCUUCAAAUUCCAGGAUCAAGCACAGAUUUUUUUUUCAUUGGCUCAGUGGCCUGUUUGCUCACAGUUAAUGAUAAUCCAUUUAUUAAUUCACUUGCCUGAUUCUUGGCAUGUACUGUUGACUCAGACUUGUUUUCAGAAGGUAUAUCAAGGAGGCCCCAACAAGCCCAUCUAGCAAGCACACAUUCAUCGUGUUGAACCAUAGGCUCUGCCCUGACCGUUCACUCAUCUUACUGACCCAGCCUUUCGGAGGUGAGGGAGAGAAAGCUGUGGUGGCCUUUCUCCUUUGCAUGGAAACUGUGCAACAAUGCUCCCACUCCACACUCCCUUGCAAUUCAGAGUUUAAUUUCCAAUCUGACCAUAAUUCGUAAAGUAGCGGUAGAAUCAAGCUGCAGAGCUUUGGACUUUAAUGUCUUGGUCUUCAGGAUGCUCAGCAUCAGGCAGGUGGACCAAUGUUGCUGUUAAAAAUGUUAAAAGCCUUCAGAGCUUUUAAGGAAAUGUGUUUCUAAUUAAACAAUGCAACUCAUCAAUUAACCUUCUUAUAAUUUUCUUGGCACCUUAAUUAAUAAAGACUUUGUAGGAGAUAGUUCUUACCCAGGUCCUUGUUUAUCAACAGCUCUAUGAAAACAGACUUUGGAAUAGUUGUGAUGCAGUGGGAAAGAACGGACUAAUGGCAAAGCUGAUGAGUACACUGAGCCGAAAAGACCACCUGUCCCUCUCAUUUGAUGGCAAUGUGAAGAUGCAGUAUUAUGUGAUGAAGGAAAUACUUUUAUAUUAGAGCAGAUUAAUAUAAAAGGUAUGUCUAACAGGAGACCUCUGGUAAUAAUGUCUUCGCCAGUCCUAGUACUCCAGCUGGGACAGUUAUUAGGACACCAGUCUUUUACUUCUGGUCUUUAAUACUGUAGCUCUAAUGCUGAUGCAGUCAUCCAGGGAAAAAGCUGGAUUUUUCACAUCAGUGGGAUUUCUCUAGCAUCAGGAUCAGAGAGGCCAAGUUGUGCUCUUACAACAGACCAGUACAAUGUCUUUCAAUGAUCAUACUCCUCUCUAAUCUGUCUUUAACCAUGCAAAAAGUAUUUAAUUGCAUCAAAACUGCAUUGAGAUUGGGCUGUUACAUCUUCUCAAAGGUACUCUAACUUAAUGGGGCACUUGUGCUUUACUCCAUGUCUGUGUAAAGUGCACUGUCUAUUUAGAGCAUAGGAUGAGCAGGAUAAUGAAUUGUUUUAUUUGGUGUCUGUAGAACAUGCAAGCUGUAGAUGUACAAUCAUUGUAUACAAAGUUGAGCACACAGAGAACUGAGGGAAGAUGGAGGCAGCCUUCUUCAGUGCUGAAAUCCACCACUGCAUUACCAGGAGUUCAUUGUUAGCCUGCAGGGUGGUAGGAGAGGUAGUGUGUCAGGGCUCACUUCUACUUCACCAAUGAGGCUGAAAUCAGUUUUAAUAUUUGGUAACUUACAACCUAGUAGUUAAUUAGGAUGGAAAGAGACCUGAUUUCUACAAGAGACAAAUCAAUGGCCACUGAAACUGCUCUAAAAUUCCGUACACCCCUCUUUUGUUCACACAUUCCCCUUUUUAUAAACCAGGUGUACUUCUUAUUUAGUCAAUGCCAAAAUAAAAUUGCUCAAGGGUUAGAACAAUGAAUGAAAAACAAGAAUGCUGGAAGUACACAGCAGGUCAGGUGGAGAGAGCAAGUAACAAAGUUGUUUCAGGCUGAUGACCUUUCAUCAGCUAUUCAUCAACCUGAAACAUUAAAUCUCUCUCUCUUUCGACAAGUCCUGUCACCAAUUGCAAAUAUGCAGCAUUUUCUGUUUUUAUUCUGGAUUUCCAGCAUCUGCUGCUUUGUUUUGCUCUUAAAUCAUUUGGACCAUGGUGUCCAAACUAACCAGUUUCACUCAGUUGGGUUAGUUUAUUUUUAAGGACCUUAUUGCUUUAAAAAUACAAACACUAAUGGUCUAAGUUUCUAUCAGUGCCCAACAGAAUUAGUUCCUCUGUAUGUUACAAGUGUGGUGACAUUCCGAAGUUACUUCAUUGGAUGUAAACAGUUUUAGAAUAUCCUGAAACUGUAGAAGAUACUCUCCAAACAUCUAUUUGCUACCAUUUCUGGAUUUUAUACAACUCUGGAGCAGCCCUAAACCUUUUAUGAUACUGCUCACAUGCUCAUGUAUCACACAGAUUUCUCCCAGUGCUGAUCGUAGUUGGUCACUGCUGUUCCCUUCACACUGCAAAUACUCAAUCUGUGGGCUCAUAUGAUAAUCCAACUGAUGGUUGAAUUCCUGUGCAUGCUGUAUCAAAGGGUAUGGAGUUCUAUAUGAAGAGAGUUCUCUUCAAGGCUAUCUUGUGCAUGACACAUUACGUAGUCACACCAGGAUUUUAUUGCUCCUAUCUGGAGCUUCCAUCUGCUAAUACACUAAUGAUGCCCAGACAAUUAUAUGUGAUUGUACUCUGCUGAAAUUCUUAACUGGAGGGAGGAACUGAGCAUUAAAUGAUAUCCUUCUUCAUGUUUAUGUUCAUUCACUAAACCUUAUUUUACUUUAAACAAAAAUCAGUAACAACAUUUAAGAAUCAUCACCCUUUAAUUGUCAAGCUGAACUUUUUUCAAUUUUAUAUUAUGACAGCUAGUUGCAUCUUAAUCAGAGUAAUAAAAACUCCAAUAAAAUUGAAGGAACAACUCUCAAAACUGGUAUAUCAGGAAGGGGAUGGUGUGUAUUAAUUCUAUUAAUGAUUUUCUUAUAUCAUUUCAGAUCUAGAUCAGUUUCCCUGAGCAGACAGGUAUAAUAUGUUCAUGUUAAGGCAACAUAUUUAAAAAGUAGCAUUGUAAUUCCUACUUUUGUAGCCCUUUGCUAGGCUGUAGGGACACCAUAUUCUGGAACAGCUUGGCUUCCACAGACCAAAGUUCACAGCCCACAUUAUGAACAUAAAUGAAAACACCAACACGACAGUCCUUUAUAGUGUUUUAUAUCUAUAUGUACGUAUAUUUGUAUCCUUGGAUAUUUUGUCCCAUUUUGAAAGGACACUAUUUCACGUUUGAAAUGUACAGUAGCUUUUAUCUGCCUGCAGUACAUUGGUAGUAUGAUGCUUUCAAGUCCUGUUAAUUAAAUGAAGUGAAUGUGGAAUGUAAUUAGUCUUAUGUUGGUGCCCUCUUUUCUUGCUCCUCUCACUGUUGCUGACUAGUUGCUUGCAAUUCCAUAAUGUAAUAGCAAAGCUUGCAAUGCAGUCUUUGUAGUCUGUGGCGUGCCCUGUGGACGAUGUACAUUGUGAUAAUUGAUAUAUGUGGAAGGUAGAUGCUAAAUAGAUUUCUGUGGUUUAAGUGUUGAUCUUAGAGAAGGAUACCUAUUCUCCAUCUCCCUUUAAUGGAAGUGUUUGUAAAAUGGUGACUGGUUUUUCUGCUCUGUAUUCUGAUGGUGCCUGGCAAUCUCAAGUUAUUUCUGUGUACGCCACAGUCUUGGCAUUUAGUUUAAUAAACAACUUUGUUUUUCUUUUCGUGGGGAACAUUUGAAAUAUACAACUCCAUUUUCUUUUAC